CGUCAGUUCAGUGGCGUCGACCAAUCAGGGGGCGGAGUGCGUCAGCUGCCGUCGCCUGUACCAAUCAGGAAGCACAGUGCGUCAGCUGCUGCCAUCUCCACCAAUCAGGAGUAGAUUCUACCUGACAGUGCUUGCGUCGUGCUGUGUUUUUCUGGCUAUGAACGGGCUUGCACUGUUCGUUUCUGUGCUACGAUGAAGAUUUCCAUAGCCGACCAGUCCGGGCUGACUGACCGGACUGGCUCCCCCGUCCCCCCAACAAGGGGGCAGGUGGAGCUAACAAGCAGAGGAGGGAUGUUCAGCAUUGUAUGGAGUACCUUGUAUUGGUGGAUGCGUCCACUGAUCAAGUGGGUACUGAGGCGCACCACCAGACUCUGUGAGUUACAACGUAUAUGUUACGGUGAAUACAAAGGAGCCCUGAGGACGUGUGGUGUUGAAUUUUCAUUAAAACAUAGCCGUACUCCGGAGAUCCAAAAGUGCAUAAAAUAUAUGGAAACCAAAUGCCAGGAGUGUACCCUCAAGCGAGACCUUAUUUAUUAUGCUGUAUUUGCUAUUGUCAGAAUAAAAAAGAUCAACACACACAUUCAUAAAAGGUUCACAGACACCUUAGGGGAGUGUUUAACUCAAAUCUGGGGUUAUCGACAGCUGAUGGCUGAAAUAGAAAUUAUACGAAAAGAAAUGUAUGACUCGACAAGUCCCAGCCACGAGGAGAAGUUGCUACGACUUUGGGCUGCCUUAAUGCCAGGAACUAUAUUAGAGGCAAGAAUCACAAAACAAUGGCAAAUCAUUGGUUUUCAAGGAGAUGACCCGCAGACAGACUUUCGUGGAAUGGGCCUCCUCGGUUUGGAAAAUUUGCUGUUUUUCGCAGAGCAGUAUCCAACCGCUGCCCGACAUGUUCUGGCACGCUCACAACACCCUCACUAUGGGUACUCCUUCGCCAUUGUUGGCAUCAACAUCACCCACAUGGCUUACAGCCUUCUUCAAAGUGGCGAUGCUAAAAUUCACUUCUACAAUGCCUCCAAGAGGUUUCCAGAAGUGCGGGCGUUCCAUCAAUUCUACUGUUAUCUAUUUUUUUCCUUUGAUGAGCUCUGGCGUCACGAGAAGCCCCGGGAUAUGAUGGAAUUCUCCCGUGUUAGAGAUAAGUUUGAGACGCAGGUAAAAUAUAAGCUUAAAAAUCCUACUGCAUUUUUCAAGUGUAACUUUGUACUGGAGAAUGUUUAGCUUGAAGCUGUAAUUGCUGGUGUACAACGUUUAUUUUGUACGAUGAGCUAGGACUGACAGAGAUGUUGCACCAUCAGAAUACAGCAUCUUAUUAUUUAUACUUUUGCAUUAAGAUCACCGAGUUACCUGGUACUUUUAAGGAUAUGGAAAGUUGAUGUGUGUAUAAUUUAUGGAAAUACAUGAAUUUUGAACUUGGGGUUUUUAUAUAGAGUUAUAAAACUUGCUUGAGUUUCCAACAUGUGUUUACUAUAAUGGGAAAUAGAUUUGAUUUUGAAAACCUUUGAUUUAAAUUAUUAUUUAUAAUCCAUGAUAAAUAUCAUAUGCUGUAAGAAUUCAUAAAAUAUGUUUAAAAUCUUUGUAACCAAGUUAUCUACUUUUUAUUGCACAUAUUAAUGAUUGUUUCACACGGAAGAAGCCUGUCACUGCAAGACAAAUAAAGAUGGGCUUUCCAAGUUUAGUUUUAAUAUAAUGUGACUAGAAAAUUCAUUUCAUAGUUGUAAUGAUAAUGCAAACUGCUGCUUUAAUCCAGCAUAUUUGUGACAUCGCCAAAUGCCUCGGGCAUCGGUUUGGAACUAAUGAGUUCAGCUUUGUUUUUGCAGCUCUUGGGCAUUGCCAUUGUAUGUUUACUGACUUCAAUUACAGAAAAUAUUUAUUGGAAUGGAUUUUUUAUUCAUAGAGUACAAUUAUAACCAAAUAUCCUAUGUUUACUCAUAGUGAUAAUUAAGUUAAGAAGACAUUUUCAGUAUUAUAUUUCAAGAUAUAUCUAUGUAAAGGAGGAGCAAGUUGUGUGUAAACACCUGUUGUUAGCUAAUCAUUUAAGCAAAUCUUAGUUGAGAAUACUGUGACCAAGUACUCUGUGGCACUAAUUAUUUAUGAAUGUGAAAAAGCUUUGCAAAUGGUAAAUAAUAAUCUGUAAUAAUGCACAUGAAUUUAGUGGUAAUGAACUUAACUUCAUCUGUACAUUGAUGUAAAAAUCACUUCCACAAAACUUCAAGUGAAUUAGGUGACGAAUCUUUAAGUUACUGAACAGAAUUCAUGUCUUAACAGACUAAUGGAGAAAUAUUUUCAAAAUGUACUUUGUAAAAUUGUGGUGCAUAAACAAGGGAGCUCUCAAGAUAUUUUUCUCAAGUUCUUUAUUUUUAUUCUGUGUGAUACUUCCAUAUUUAAGAUUAUGACAUGACCUAGGUGUUUAGACUUGUUUCAUAUACUUCGUCUUUAAAUAAUGAAGUGCCAUUAUAGAAUAAUUUCUCGAUAAACGGAGGAAGUGUCGCAUAAGGAGGGUAGAAGUUGACUCAAGGUUCCGGUGGAAAGCUCUGUAUAGUACUGUGUGAUAAGCCCUGUAAGACCUAUAUUAAUUUUUUGCGAACACAAGUUAUUGUGCAAGUGCUCCCUGGUAGGUGGUGUAAUGCACUAGGGGAAAUGCUUGCCUAUCAGUGACUAUGGGGCAGUGAGAUCUAGCUCUUUGUGCCCCGCCUCCUAGCUAUUUAUACCUAGCGAUCUACUUGCCAACCACCCAUACAGGGAAUGAGAACUUCCUUACAUUUCAUUAACUUGAUUGCAAGUCCAGCUUUUACUGAUGUCUCCUCGUCCUACAUCUUUUGAAUAUAAAUAGGCCUCCUUUAUCUAUUUCAUCUAUUCCUUGCAAUGAUUUCGGGGCUCAGCGUCCUCGCGGCCCGGUCCUCAACUAGGCCGUGGGGACCUCAAGAUUCACCUCAAGAUCUUGUAUGUAGUUAUCAUUGGUCUACUGCUAGACAGGACACAGAUUAUGUGGCACCCCUACCAUAACCACAGAUAUUAACACCAAGUAAAAUAUCCAAAACUUUCACAAAUAUGAUAACUUUUUCUUAUUUGCUAACAUACUGUACAAGGUAUGAAAAAUGCAAAAUAAACAAAGCCUAUGUAUAACUUUUCUCCUAAAUGAGGCAAUUGCAGCUUUGUUUAAAAAUGUUUGCAAAAUAUUUGCAAAUGUUUCAUACUUCCCUCCGCUAUUUGCAUUGGUGUGUUUUACGCAUUCUUCUUACUGUCCUUGUUGAGGGAUGGUGGCUUUUUGGAAGGUAUUCCACGUGCAUUUUCUGUGCAGCGACAGUGGGGUUCAUGGUGCUUUUCACCACUCUUCUUUUCCUUGUUCUACUGUGGAGAUCACACCAUGCUCAGACUUUUCUUGUCCAUCUGUUAUUAGUCGGAGUCUCUUGCCAAUUCACCUCGUGUCAUUGGCGGAGCUAAUGAGGUCUGUGUUUUGGGGUCAUGUGGUCUUUUCUCCAUUUUGCUCCCAGUCUUGCAUGCCCCUGACCUGCUCUUCCACAGCUUUGGCUUGUUUCCAUGUCUUGGCCUUCCGAUGUCCCCUUGUUCUUCUAGUUUUCAGGUGGGUGUGCAUUGCUCUCCUCCAGCACUGGGGGUUUUGUUUUUUGACCCUGGUGUGCAUUUUGUCUUUGUUGCAGACUCCUCCUUUCUAGCAGAGUUGGAGUUGGUUCACUUAUGAAGGGGGUCCCCUUUGUUCUUUGGCUUCAUUUGUUUGGCCAGAGGGUGGGGUACGUCUUGUGUGGUGUUCAAUAGCGGCCCUGCUGCCUCCUUUGUGUCGCCAGUUUUGUCUUGGCUCUGUGUUGUGGUUCGGUUGUCUCCAGGGGUCAUUCUCAUUAGCCUGAGGUCUUCCCUUACACCCUGGUUGUUCGCCUUUGCUGCUUCUCUGCUGGCUUUGCGGACAGGUUCUUGGCUUCUUUUU